CGAAGCCUUGCUGCAGCCGAUGUAAACGGUGGAACGGAGUGAUUGUGUUUGUAUUUGAUGGUGGUAAAUAUACAUUGAAGAUUAGAGAUGAAUCAGGCAGAUGUAACGAAAUUGAUGUCACGACUGAAGAUUAAAUAUGCACCUGUUAGACGAAGAUUAAAGAAUAUUGAGGGACCCGAAGGCAGGUUGAAGAAAAUUCGGAAAACCCUUACGGCUCUUGUCAAACACGAACGCAUUGAACUAAACUUCAACCGAGCCGAUGAAACGAGAGGUUAUGUGGAACGGCUGAUCUCUGAUGCUAUCAGAUAUGGGGACUGCCACCGAGCAACAAUGGAACUGGCAGAUUACUGGCUACUGGAAAAACAGUUAAUACACAAGUUAUUCAAGGUGCUGGUGCCACGCUUCGAGAACUGCCCUGUCUCAUAUACUCGAAUGUAUCGAGCGCCAAACCUUCCUCCUGACAAGGGAUAUGAAAGGGCAGUUCUCGAGCUCAGAGGUAACCCAUAUCCGCCACUGCUGCCAGACACAACUGCCAACAGGAAUCUAAUACAUAAUGUUUUGCUGGAUGAGGCUCACAAGGAAUUCAGGGCACAGAAAUAUGCAGAGAUUGCAAAGAAACUGGAAGAGGCUGAUGAGAAUAUGACCAAGUCCCCCAGUGAUGUUGCUGCAGAAUCCUCACAAGAGAGUGAGACAGAGUCCUCAGAAGAGGCAGAAGGACAGGUGCCAGAUGAGAAGAUGGCACAACUGUCAAGAGAGAAAGGGGAACAGCCACCAGAUAUCCUGGGGAUGUUUGGAUUACUGCGGUCAUAUAUGUAUUAAUAACCUCGCCGCCCGCCUAAUGCUGUUGGGGUGAUGAUGUACGCAUAGCGAAGCGGUCUCAGUAUGGAGGAUCUGAGGAAAGUCAUGGCACAGCUGCCGGUAAUCCCUCUGAGCGCGCGGGGGUUCCCCAGAGACCAGUUCUGUCUCAUAUAUCAAAGUGGAGCGUCGGUGUGGCCAGAUGAGAUGGGCAUUUGUAUUGAGCGCGUUCCGGCACAUGCACUGCUGCAGACACGAGAUCCUCUCGACAGAUUCCUGCAAGAAGAAUAGCGCGGUGGUA